AGAUUUCAAGAAACCCCUUAAAAUCCUCUCUCUGUCUCUUUCUGUGUUGUUUGUUUUCUUGUUUCCUUCUCUCCUCUCUCUUUUGUCUCCUUUGCAACUCUCUCAGGUUGUUUUCUUUUGAGUUCUUGACUUCCAAACUACUCUCUCUCUUUUUGUUGUGUUGUCUAAAAUGAUUACUGAGAUUGAGAUGGGGAAAGCUGAAAGUGAGCUUGAACUGGGUUUAGGGCUCAGUCUCGGCGGUGGAACGGCGGCGGCCAAGAUUGGUGGUAAACCAGGCGGUGGCGGCGCGUGGGGAGAGCGUGGGAGGCUGUUGACUGCAAAGGAUUUUCCUUCUGUUGGCUCUAAACGAGCUGCUGACUCUGCUUCUCACUCUGGUGCUUCUCCUCCUCGUUCAAGCAGUCAAGUUGUGGGAUGGCCACCUAUUGGAUCUCACAGGAUGAACAGUUUAGCUGCAAAGUCAGCUAGGGAAGAGGAAGAAGCUGGGAAGAAGAAAGUGAAUGAUGAUGAGCCUAAAGAUGUGAACAAGAAAGUGCAAGUUGGGUUUAUCAAGGUGAACAUGGAUGGAGUUGCUAUAGGAAGGAAAGUUGAUCUGAAUGCUCAUUCUUCUUACGAGACUUUGGCGCAGACACUUGAAGAUAUGUUCUUUCGUUCUAAGCCAGGUACUAUCGGGUUAACGGGUCAGUUCACCAAACCGUUGAGGCUUUUAGAUGGAUCUUCUGAGUUUGUACUUACUUAUGAAGACAAGGAAGGUGAUUGGAUGCUUGUUGGUGAUGUCCCAUGGAGAAUGUUUAUCACCUCGGUGAAAAGGCUUAGAGUGAUGAAAACCUCUGAAGCUAAUGGACUCGCUGCAAGACAUCAAGAACCGAACGAGAGACAAAGAAAGUGACAGGUUUAGCUCUCUGUCCCACAUUACGUUGUUACAGUUUUUGUUUAGUGUGGUUUUUGCAAGUCUGAGAUACUUCUGAAGCAAGCAUAAGGAAAGAAGCAGAAGCUAGAUUGAUCUUUAUCAAGUUUGUGUAUGUUUCUUGGUUCUUCUAAUGGUUUUUUCUAGUUUUUUGUCUAGGGGUUUUUUCUUUUGUGCUGUCUUUUAUUUUACUGUUGAGGUUUCAUCAUAUACUAUGGAAGAGAAUGCUCUUUAUUUCUUUUACCACACUGUAAAUAUUUGAAGUUUAUCUAAUAUCGUUUUUAA